AUGGGGCCUGGUCAAAAGGAAAAAGAAAUGCAAAAAAUACUUCACGUGAGUUUCAAACCCACGACCAAGGCCCCGGGGAUGCAGCCGCAGAUGCUGAUCAUCUCCUGCGGGGGCACGCGGAAGCUGCUGAACCAGGAGGAGGUGGCGGCGGCGGCGACAGAGCUCGGGUUCAACGUGACGGUGGCGGAGGCAGGGGCGUUCGUGGCGCUGGUGAACGCGGCGGACGUGCUGCUGGCGGUGCACAGGGCCGGGCUGACGAACCAGAUCUUCCAGCCGACGCAGGCGGUGGUGCUGCAGAUCGUGCCGUGGGGGAACAUGGACUGGAUGGCCACCAACUUCUACGGGCAGCCGGCGCGGGACAUGCAGCUCCGGUACGUGGAGUACUAUGUCGACGAGGAGGAGACGAGCCUCAAGGACAAGUACCCGAGGGAGCACCUGACAAUCAUGAAGCAGGACGUGAAGGUGAACCUCGCCAGGUUCCGCCCCUUCCUGCUCCAGGCCAUCGACAACCUGCAGGAGUAG